AUGCAACGAUUAUUCAAAGAAAAUAACCAUCGACUUUUCACAGAUAGUAUUUACUUGUAUGAAGAUACGCAACAUUUGGUUCUAAAUAAUAAUGAGUUUGAUGGAUAUGCAAACCCAUACAUGUUGUUGCAGUUCAUAUUUCCAUCGAAAUGGGAGAACAGAAAUUAUUCGUCAUUGAAUCAUGACCUGUCUGAAAAUAUUUUCUCAUUUGGUAGUAGUGAAAGUCAUUCUUCUUCUUCUGUUGUUGUUUCAUUCACAAACACCACCAAUGAUACCACUCAAGAUUCCAAGUCUGAAGAUGUUGCUGCCGUGGAAGAAGAACCAACAAUAGAAUCGACAAACACUACUACUACUUCUGCUACUCCAUCAAGAUUGUUCUCAUCAUCUUUGAAUCGUUCUGUUCCCUCUGGUUUUUCAUUUGGUAGUAGCAGCAGAUGGAGUAAGACCGAAAGAGAAGGUGGAUUCACAUGUAGUUUCUCUUUGUGUCCAAUCUCGUGA